AUGAUGAGACAGGCAACCAUGGAUUUCAGCACUCCAUCUGUGUUUGAUCAGCAAAAAGGUGAUUCAUCUGAGGAAGUUGAUCUGACCAUGGUGUAUCAGGCAGCAUCUAAUGGAGAUGUCAAUGCUCUCACUUCAGUGAUUCGGGAAGACCCUUCCAUCCUAGAAUGCUGUGACAGUGAAGGAUGUACACCCUUGAUGCAUGCAGUUUCUGGACGUCAGGUAGACACAGUGAAGCUGCUGUUGAAGAUGGGGGCCAAUAUUAACAUGCAAGACACUUACGGCCGCACAAGUCUAUGCCUGGCAACCUAUCUGGGUUGGCUGGAAGGCUGUGUUAGCCUCCUCAGAAAUGGUGCCAAGCACAAUAUCCCAGACAAAAAUGGCCGCCUGCCACUGCAUGCUGCCACUGCUGAGCCCGAUGUGAGGCUCCUAACAGUCCUAGUGCAGCAGUCAAAUCUCAGCGAGAUUAAUCACCAGGACAAUGAGGGAAUGACACCACUCCACUGGGCAGCUUUCCACAACCAGCCUCAACAUACACAAAUGCUGCUGAAGAAGGGGGCAGAUCCCACUCUUGUGGAUAAAGACUUUAAAACAGCUCUCCACUGGGCGGUCCAGAGUGGAAAUCGAAUUCUGUGUUCCAUCAUUCUGAGCCAUCACCAAGGUCCGUCCAUAAUCAACUAUGAUGAUGAGAGUGGAAAGACUUGCAUGCACAUCGCAGCAGCAGCAGGCUUCAGUGACAUCAUAAGUGAACUGGCAAGAGUCCCUGAGUGCAACCUGCAGGCUCUGGAUGUGGAUGACAGGACACCUCUACACUGGGCUGCAGCUGCAGGGAAGGCAGAAUGUGUGCAGUCCCUGCUGGAGCUGGGCAUGGACAGCAACCUACGUGACAUCAAUGAGAGCACGCCCCUGGCCUAUGCCCUGUACUGUGGCCACACAGCCUGUGUCAAACUCCUCUCCCAAGAGAGCAGAACAGAACCUGCCCGACUCAUUCCUUCACAGAACAAUAGACCACAGAGGAAGGAGGGACGAUUCAGCAUGUUCAAUCAAAUCUUCUGCAAAAACAAAAAAGAAGAGCAGAGAGCCUAUCAGAAGGAUCACAACAGGGACCUACAGAGAGGGGAGCACACCUCGGAAGUCGAUGACAUCAUCACUUCCUUUGACAGCAUUGUGGACACCAACUGCCAAGAACAGGCUGUUGAUCAAGUAGCUAUGGUUGACUUUAAGAAGAGGACCUCAGAGAAUUCAAAAUAUCUCUUGCCAGAAAGAAAGCCUCUGGCACGUAAGGGGCUUCCACCAAUCAGAACGCAGAGCCUCCCACCCAUCACCCUGGGCAGUAGCUUCCUGACAGCCUCCCAUGGGACCACUUCCUAUGCUGGCCUGGGCUCUACUAUGCAUCACACAGCCCAGCGAUCCCAGAAAAGCCAAAGUGAGCAAGAUUUAUUAAGUAACAGAACUGUCUGCCAAGCAUUGCUAGAAAACCCUUGGAGAGGUGAUUCUAACCAGGUGUUCUACAAAGCUUGGACUGUAUCUUCUUCUGAUAAACUAUUAGACAGAUUGCUUACCAGCAAAUCUAGUCACCAGGAGGUUUCGGGGUUGCCACCUCUUCCUCUUCUACAGAAUCCUUCAGCAGGACAAAAUUUUCAGCAUCUCUCCCCAAACAGACUCAAAAUCAGGGAUCUUCCAUUUGCCCGGAACAACUUAGCUCCUCUACCAGACCAAAAGUUUCUAUCUGGAGAGCCUCUCCGGACAAACAGAGUACUUCCUGCUAUUCCAAGCCAGCGGGGGCAUAGCACACCAGCUGAAGAGGGUGACAACUCUGCCAGUCCUGCCAAAGAUGAAAAUUAACUGUGGCUCACCAACUGCAGAAAUAUGGUUUAUAUGUAUUUUCACUUGUCAAAGGAUGAAAUUAUUC